AUGAAAGGAACCAGGGAUGCUUUGAGACGAAGAUUAAGCCGAGUUUUCUCUGUUGGAAGACAUAUCGUAGAUAUGUUUCACUAUGGGAAGAUUAAGUUCAAUCAGUGCAGCGCUUGUAACAACAACGACUGGUUGUUUGUUAUUCCUGGCUGGCCUAGUGAAGAAAAGAUCAAUCCUGCCUUCUGGGACUUGUUGCAAUCGAUGCAAAUGCCAUCGUAA